AUGCGCUUCUACGAGUCAAGGUCAGCAUCCAGUCUGUGUAUGGUGUCGUGUCAAGCGCGUGGGUGCUGACUCGAACCGGUUUCGCUUCGCUGCUUCGUGCUGCCGGCCGGCGACUGCACUGCACCAGGUUCCCCGAGGUCAGUCACGAGAGAGUAUCGGCACCUUCGAUCUCGAGACUAAUCCCCAACAGGUCCUCGUCCCUGGGUUCCGCAGGUCGACGAGCUGGUGAUGGUGCAGGUCAAGCAGAUCCAGGAGAUGGGCGCCUACGUCAAGCUCGUCCGUACCAGCCACACCUCAUCUUCUCGAUCACCACCACCACUGACCAUCCCCCUCGACUCUGCCAGCUCGAAUACGACAACAUCGAAGGCAUGAUCCUCCUCUCCGAACUCUCGCGAAGACGAAUCCGUUCGAUCCAAAAGCUCAUUCGAGUCGGCAGGAACGAGGUCGUCGUCGUCAUGAGGGUCGACAAGGAAAAGGGUAUGCUAGCCCAAUCGAUACACCUCUUACCUCGAGAGCUGACCCGACAUGUCCCGACAUGUCCCGUGUUUCCCCCUCUCCUCCACCUUGCCCGUCCCCCCACCGCGCCCCAACUACCACUCCUUCGCACGCCAUGCCCACUCCACCCAUCCCAUUCCAGGCUACAUCGAUCUGUCCAAGCGACGUGUCUCGGCCGAGGACGUCAUCAAGUGCGAAGAACGCUACAACAAAUCAAAAACGGUGCACUCCAUCAUGCGCCACGUCGCCGAGAAGACCGGCACCGACAUGGACGCCGUCAACGACCUCGUCGCGUGGCCCCUCUACAAAAAGUACGGCCACGCUUACGAGGCCUUCAAGCUUUCCAUCACGUGCGUAAAAGUUUUUUUUUUUUUUUUCAGUGUCCGGGAGCAUCAAGGUGUGCUGAUGAUACCCCGCGCCACACGUAACCCACAGCGAGCCCGAAUCGGUCUUUGGCGAACUCAACAUCCCCGACGACAUCAUGGAAGAGCUGCGAUCCAACAUCGCGCGACGAUUAACGCCCCAACCGGUCAAAGUCCGAGCCGAUCUCGAAGUGACCAACUUUGCCUACUCCGGCAUCCUCGCGAUCCAAGAAGCGCUCGCGCUCGGUGAAGCCUUAUCGACUUCCGAAAUCCCCAUCAAGAUCAAAUUAGUCGCUCCCCCGUUGUACGUCAUGGUGUCCAACACGACCGAUAAACAAGGUGCGAUCGAGUUGUUGGAAAAGGCGAUCGAGACGAUUGGGGAGAGGAUCAGGAAGGAAGAGGGAGGGAGCUUGAACGUCAAGAUGAAGCCCAAGGCGGUUAGUGAGACCGAGGAUAUGGAGUUGGCCGCUUUGAUGGCUAGGGUCGCCAAGGAGAAUACAGAAGUGUCGGGUCAGUACACCGAUCUCGAUUCUCUCUCCGGCGGUCUUCAAGUUCGGGUUGCUAAUACAAUGCUUCCUUUGCGCUCGUGUCAACAGGAGACGAGGAUUCGGAAGGAGAAGCAUAG